UUGUGUCUAAACCAAAGGACUGCAUUUUUCCAUAUGAUUUCAAAGAAAGCAUUAAGGAAAAGAAUGUGAAGGUUGAGGUUGCUGCCACGGAAAGAACACUGCUAGGUUUUGUCCUUGCAAAAGUUCACAAAGUUGAUCCUGAUAUCAUUGUGGGUCAUAAUAUUUAUGGUUUUGAACUGGAAGUGCUACUGCAGAGAAUUAAUGUAUGCAAAGUUCCUUUCUGGUCCAAGAUAGGUCGGCUGAAGCGAUCCAACAUGCCAAAGCUCGGGGGCAGGAGUGGAUUUGGUGAAAGAAAUGCUACCUGUGGCCGAAUGAUCUGUGAUGUGGAAAUUUCGGCGAAAGAACUGAUUCGGUGUAAAAGCUACCAUUUAUCUGAACUUGUUCAACAGAUUUUGAAAACUGAAAGGAUUGUAAUCCCAAUUGAAAAUAUACGAAACAUGUACAGUGACUCUUCUCAUCUAUUGUACCUGUUGGAGCACACCUGGAAAGAUGCCAGGUUCAUUUUGCAGAUCAUGUGUGAGCUAAAUGUUCUCCCAUUAGCAUUGCAGAUCACUAACAUCGCUGGGAACAUUAUGUCUAGGACGCUGAUGGGUGGACGAUCCGAGCGUAAUGAGUUCUUGUUACUUCAUGCAUUUUAUGAAAACAACUAUAUUGUGCCUGACAAGCAGACUUUCAGAAAGCCUCAGCAAAAACUGGGAGAUGAAGAUGAAGAUAUUGAUGGAGAUACCAAUAAAUACAAAAAAGGACGUAAGAAAGCAGCUUAUUCUGGAGGCUUGGUCUUGGAUCCCAAAGUUGGUUUUUAUGAUAAGUUCAUUUUGCUUCUGGACUUCAACAGUUUGUAUCCUUCCAUCAUUCAGGAAUUCAACAUUUGUUUUACAACAGUGCAAAGAGUUGCUUCAGAGGCACAGAGAUUUGCAGAGGAUGGAGAACAAGAGCAGAUCCCCGAGCUGCCAGAUCCAAGCUUGGAAAUGGGCAUUUUGCCCAGAGAGAUCCGAAAACUGGUAGAGCGGAGAAGACACGUGAAACAGCUAAUGAAACAGCAAGAUUUAAAUCCAGACCUUUAUCUUCAGUAUGACAUUCGACAGAAGGCUUUGAAGCUCACAGCAAACAGUAUGUAUGGCUGCCUGGGAUUCUCCUACAGCAGAUUUUACGCCAAACCCCUGGCUGCUUUGGUGACAUACAAAGGAAGGGAGAUUUUGAUGCAUACAAAAGAGAUGGUUCAGAAGAUGAAUCUUGAAGUUAUUUAUGGAGAUACAGAUUCAAUUAUGAUCAACACCAAUAGCACCAAUUUGGAAGAAGUGUUUAAAUUGGGAAACAAGGUGAAAAGUGAAGUGAAUAAGUUGUACAAACUGCUUGAAAUAGACAUUGAUGGUAUUUUCAAGUCCCUGCUACUGCUGAAGAAAAAGAAGUACGCUGCUCUGAUUGUUGAGCCUACAUCAGAUGGGAAUUACGUCACGAAACAGGAGGUGAAAGGAUUAGAUAUAGUUAGAAGAGACUGGUGUGAUCUUGCUAAAGACACUGGAAACUUUGUCAUUGGCCAGAUUCUUUCAGAUCAAAGCCGGGACACUAUAGUGGAAAACAUUCAGAAGAGGUUAAUAGAAAUUGGAGAAAAUGUGCUAAACGGCAGUGUCCCAGUGAGCCAGUUUGAAAUUAACAAGGCAUUGACCAAGGAUCCCCAGGAUUACCCUGAUAAAAAAAGCCUACCUCAUGUACAUGUUGCCCUCUGGAUAAAUUCUCAAGGAGGAAGAAAGGUGAAAGCUGGAGAUACUGUGUCCUAUAUCAUCUGUCAGGAUGGUUCAAACCUCACUGCAGGUCAGAGGGCCUAUGCACCCGAGCAGCUGCAGAAGCAGGACAAUUUAAACAUUGACACCCAGUACUACCUGGCCCAGCAGAUCCACCCAGUCGUGGCUCGAAUAUGUGAGCCAAUAGAUGGAAUCGAUGCUAUCCUCAUUGCAUCAUGGUUAGGACUUGACCCCACCCAAUUUAGAGUUCAUCAUUAUCAUAAAGACGAAGAGAAUGAUGCUUUACUUGGUGGCCCAGCACACCUCACGGAUGAAGAGAAAUACAAGGACUGUGAAAGGUUCAAAUGCCCAUGCCCUACAUGUGGAACCGAGAAUAUUUAUGAUAGUGUCUUCGAUGGUUCGGGAACUGAUAUGGAGCCCAGCUUGUAUCGAUGCAGUAACAUCAAUUGUAAGGCUUCGCCUCUGACCUUUAUGGUACAGCUGAGCAACAAAUUGAUCAUGGACAUCAGACGUUGCAUUAAAAAGUACUAUGAAGGCUGGUUGAUUUGUGAAGAGCCCACAUGUCGAAAUCGAACUCGGCACCUUCCCCUUCAGUUCUCCCGCAAUGGACCACUUUGCCAAGUCUGCAUGAAAGCUACACUUCGACUAGAGUAUUCUGACAAGUCCCUGUACACCCAGCUGUGCUUUUACCGCUACAUUUUUGAUGUGGAGUGUGCACUGGAGAAACUUAUUACCGAUCAUGAGAAAGAUAAAUUGAAGAGGCAGUUUCUUACUCCCAAAGUUCUUCAGGACUAUAGAAAACUCAAGAACACAGCAGAGCAGUUCUUGUCCCAAAGUGGCUAUUCCGAAGUGAACCUCAGCAAACUCUUCGCCGACUGUGCUGUAUGGUCCUGAGGGCUUCCAGGAAGUGGACCUGCAGGGGCGGUGGACAGAAGACCCACAUCCUUGGCACCUGCAUCAUGGCCCCGGCCGCUUCUCCUGCAUCGCUUUUCCUGUGGAACUACUAUCAUGUUUGUGUGGCUGUGACUUGGGUGGGGGAUUAUCAAGGGGCAACUGCAAAGGUAUUGAAUCUACCAAACAUCAGGGAACAGCAGAAGUACCUUCCUCUGACAAUAUACUUUGUGCUGUUGAAACACCACCGGGAGAACUGGCUGCUUCACAUUGGCAUUCAGCACUGAAUUUCUAGGGGAAGGGGCGGGGAGGGAAGAGAAAUGGAGAGUGGCUAGGAGGCAAGUGGCUUCUACCCAGGACCUUCAGCAGAGGCGCACCCAGAAAGAGGGGCUCACAGAGCCUGGUAGCAGGGCCGGCACUUUGCCUUAAUGCCGGUUAAACCCAGUCUGAACCCAAGUGCUUCCCAGGCCACUGGCUCCAGGAGCAAUUGUCCUUCUCAGUCUUUAAGGGGGGAGAUUUAGAAGCUGCGCGCUUACUAAAUAAAUUAAACAGAGCUUA